GUGGUCUGAGAAUUCAAUUUGGUUAUGUUUGACUUCUAUGUUGAAUAGAUAACCUAUGAAAAGAAGAAAAUUUCCAGAAUUAAUCUUCGAUAUUACCGUAAAAAAAAAUAAGUUGCACAAAUUGGUUUCAUGAGUUUGAAAUAAACUGGAGUAAACAAAUGUAGUAAUGCCUGUUGAAACCAUUCAGUAUUCAGAAAAGUAUUUUGAUGACAAUUAUGAAUAUAGACAUGUAAUACUACCACCAGAUUUAGCCAAAUUGGUUCCAAGACCACACUUAAUGACAGAAACAGAAUGGAGGAAUCUUGGAGUCCAACAAAGUCCCAACUGGGUACAUUAUAUGCUACAUACACCAGAACCUCAUGUCCUGUUGUUCCGAAGGAAAAUCAGUCAACCUAACAAUCAUAACCGUGAUCCAUCUUGAACAAAUUAUUCACCAUCUUAUGAGUUGUAUUAUGAUGAAACGAACACUUUUUCUGUGCAAAUUCUUUUAAAUAAGCCAGAAUUCACAGUUAAUUUGAUUUUCUUCAUUGUUGCAUAUACCCUUGGUAAUAUAGAAUUGGUUCUAG